AUUUUUUGUGCACAAACCUCGGGAAAGUUUUCAGGAGCCGCCGCUGAGAUUCUCCUUCCCUCUCCCUCUCUCGCCAUGGCAGGUGCCGGAGGCGGGGGCAACGACGUUCAGUGGUGCUUCUCGCAGGUCAAAGGAGCAAUCGAUGAUGACGUAGCCGAAGCUGAUAUCAUCUCCACUGUGGAGUUCAACCACUCAGGGGAGCUGUUAGCCACUGGAGACAAAGGCGGACGCGUCGUCAUCUUUCAGCAGGACACCGAGAACAAAGCGCAGUGCCGCAGCGAUUACAACGUUUACAGCACGUUCCAGAGCCACGAGCCCGAGUUCGACUACCUGAAGAGUCUGGAGAUCGAGGAGAAGAUCAACAAGAUCCGCUGGCUGCCCCAAAAAAACGCUGCACAGUUCCUCCUGUCCACAAACGAUAAAACUAUAAAGUUGUGGAAGAUAAGUGAACGUGAUAAGAGACCCGAGGGCUACAAUCUGAAAGAGGAAGAUGGCCGCUGCAGAGAUUCGUCCACCAUCACUACUCUACGAGUGCCUGUGUUUAGGCCCAUGGACCUGAUGGUGGAGGCGAGCCCUCGGCGCGUUUUUGCGAACGCUCACACUUACCACAUCAACUCCAUCUCGGUAAACAGCGACAACGAGACGUACCUGUCUGCCGACGACCUGCGCAUCAACCUGUGGCACCUGGAGAUCACCAACCGCAGCUUCAACAUUGUGGACAUCAAGCCGACCAACAUGGAGGAGCUGACGGAGGUGAUCACGGCGGCGGAGUUCCACCCGCACCAGUGCAACACCUUUGUCUACAGCAGCAGCAAAGGCACCAUCCGCAUGUGCGACAUGCGCGCCUCCGCCCUCUGCGACAAACACUCCAAACUGUUCGAGGAACCAGAAGACCCCAGCAACCGCUCUUUCUUCUCAGAAAUCAUCUCUUCCAUCUCGGACGUGAAAUUCAGCCACAGCGGCCGCUACAUGAUGACCCGAGAUUACCUGUCCAUCAAGAUCUGGGACCUGAACAUGGAGAACCGGCCAGUGGAAACAUAUCAGGUUCAUGAAUACCUCAGGAGUAAGCUGUGCUCACUCUAUGAAAACGACUGCAUCUUCGACAAGUUCGAGUGCUGCUGGAGCGGGAACGACAGCGUGGUGAUGACCGGCUCGUACAACAACUUCUUCCGCAUGCUGGAGCGCACGCAGCGGCGAGACGUCACCCUGGAGGCGUGCCGCGAGAGCUGCAAGCCCCGGCAGGUGCUGAAGCCGCGCCGCGUGUGCGCCGGCGGUAAGAGGAAGAAGGACGAGAUCAGCGUGGACAGCCUGGACUUCAACAAGAAGAUCCUGCACACGGCGUGGCAUCCCCACGCCAACAUCAUCGCCGUGGCAACCACCAACAACCUCUACAUCUUCCAGGAGAAGGGCAACUAGGAGCGACCGACCUCACACACCUCCGUCCGCGCGCUCGUUUCUCUCUGUGUGUGUGUGUGUGUGUGUGUGUGUGUGUGUGUGUGUGUGUGUGUGUGUGUGUGUGUGUGUGCGUGCACGUGUGCGUGCGUGU